ACUCGCCGGCGCCCCAGUGGGAGGACGGCAGCUGCCCGCUCCCUCCUCCCCACACCCCCGCUACCUGCCCAGUCCCCGAAGCGAAGCGUGAGGAGGCUGCGAGCCAGCGGGGCCGAGCCCACAACUUUGCAGCCUCGGGGAGGGCGAGAGCCGGCGUGCAGGGCUCCUCUUGUCCGCGACCAGAGCUUGGAAUGUAAUCGAGGAUGCUGGCCCUGAGGCUGCUCAACGUGGUGGCCCCCGCCUACUUCCUGUGCAUCUCCCUGGUGACCUUCGUGCUGCAGCUCUUCCUCUUCCUGCCUAGUAUGCGUGAGGACCCCUCGGCCGCCCGGCUCUUCUCACCUGCGCUGCUCCACGGGGCAUUCUUCCUGUUCCUCUCAACCAACGCCCUGGGUAAUUACGUCCUGGUCAUCCAGAACUCCCCAGACGACCUGGACGCCUGCCAGGGGACCGCAGCCAGGAGGGCCCUGUGCCCUCCGCCCAGCGCCCACUUCUGCCGAGUGUGCGCCAGAGUCACCCUGAGGCACGACCAUCACUGUUUCUUCACCGGCAACUGCAUCGGGAGCAGGAACAUGCGUAACUUCAUCCUGUUCUGCCUCUACACCUCCCUGGCCUGCCUCUACUCCAUGGUGGCCGGCGUGGCCUACAUCUCCGCAGUCCUUUCCAUGUCCUUCGCCCACCCGCUGGCCUUCCUCACGCUCCUUCCCACCUCCAUCAGCCAGUUCUUCUCUGGAGCUGUCCUUGGUCCUGAAAUGUUCGUCAUCCUCAUGCUCUACCUCUGGUUUGCCGUCGGCCUGGCCUGCGCUGGCUUCUGCUGCCAUCAGCUGCUGUUAAUCCUCCGGGGGCAGACCCGCCACCAGGUGCGGAAGGGGGUGGCAGUGAGGGCCCGGCCUUGGCGCAAGAACUUACAGGAGGUCUUCGGAAAGAGGUGGCUCCUGGGCCUGCUGGUCCCCAUGUUCAAUGUUGGAAGUGAGAGCUCCAAGCAGCGGGACAAGUAGCAGGCACUCCCAUCAUUUCUCUGUGUGUGUGUGUUGACCCCUUGUGAACAUAAGACCACAGCACCCUGUCUCCACCCAUGGCCCACUGCAACUUUGGGCUGGUAAGGUCCUAGCAUCCACCCCUGGUCUGUAACAUACAGAGAAUAGCGUUGGCUGGUGGAUCAUGACAAGGAGGGAAAAUGGCCACCAAGGCAUUGCUAGGUCCCCCAUGAGCCAGCCUGGUGGCUGCUAACCGUUCAGAGCUUCUCUUUUGUUUCUUCCCCCUUGGGGUGCCUGCUUCUCCCCUCUGCCUGGUUCACCCAUGCUCCACCAAGUCUCAUGUCAUCACUGCUAUCUGCUAGAGCUUUUCCUCUCAGCCCCAUGUUAGGAG